AUGACUGCAAACGUCUACCGGCGAGUCGCAAACGCGAGUGACAAAGAGGCGGUCGGCGCCGCUACGGUUGACGCAUCGUCAGUGAAGAAUGACGUCGCUCGAGCGGCCUAUGUGGAUCGGCACUCUCGCCGCAAGGUGUUUCCGAUCCGCACGGGACUCGCAGCGGCAAGUCUCUUGAUUCUCGGGUGUAUGUUGAUCGGCACGAGCACAUUCAUUGGCCUCGACGAAGAGAAUCGCGGGUUGUCGCUCUUUUUCCUCGGGCUCAUUGCAUUUAUCCCGGGUAGCUACGCAAGCUACCAGCUCUAUGGUGCGUGGAAAGGCUGGAAAGGGUACGAUUACAGCCAGCUGCCGUCCUAUGACGAUUAA